GUUAGGGUUGCCAACCGUCCCUUAAAAAACGGAAUCGUCCCGUAUUUAGAAACAAAAGUACACGUCCCGUAUUGAGCUAAUAAGGGACGCACUUUGUCCCGUAAUACAGUGAGAAUCACAAAACGUCUAUAAAUGUUAAUGGAUUUAACGCUUUGUUGGAAAACAUAAUUCCCAGCCCCUCUCCUGCUCUGUGACCAAUGAGCUGACAGCACACUUAGCACGAUUCAGAUUACCGCUUAUCUCAUUGGUCGAGGAAAGGUCGCAUGCGGAGAAGAUACCGGAAGACAACAGAUGAACAGCAUGGCCAACAGGGAGAUAAACACCGACACUGCGGCGCAGGUCUGGGACGACACUACACCUUUGACCAACAGUGCUUGUUUACCUCCUAGAAAGAAAAAAAAGGCUGCAAAAAUACAGGGAGGAAUGGGAAAAUGAAAACACCUGGCUGGGAAAAGUGCGCGAUAACACAUAUAAAGCGCACUGCACUGUGUGCAGUUUGCCAUGGUGGACUGACUGACGUUAAUCAGCAUGCUUCUACUGGUGGGCACAUGAUGAAUAUGAGGGGCGUGAAAGAAAGGGGAACCCUUGACCAAUUUGUUGUCCACCAGGCCACGGCAGAAGCAGAUAUGGUGACUGCUGCAGAGGUGACCCAUAUCUACCACACUGUAAAGCACGGUUUAAGUUAUAACUCGGCUGACUGUGCACUCAAACUGACUGUACGAACGCUGAAUGACUCCAGUAUUGCCAAGAAGAUGUCCUGUGGGAGGACGAAAGCUGAAGCAGUUGUCACAGAUGUCCUGUCUCCAAAGGCAAUAGAAGAGGUGAUCAAAAAAUUGAAAAGUGGUGCAACUCCACUCCCAUUCUCUCUUCACACUGAUGCUUCAAAUAAGGGAAAUCAGAAGAUGUUUCCCUUGGCCUUGCAGUUUUUUACACCAGAGGCUGGAGUUGUCAACAAGAUAUUGGAUUUUGUUGAAAAUCCAGAUGAGUCUGCAGAGGGAAUAGUAAAAAUAAUACAAAGCUCUCUUGAAAGCGUGGGGCUAUCCUUAGAUCAGGUUUCUGCAUUCAGUGCUGACAAUGCAAAUGUAAAUUAUGGCAUUCACAACUCAGUCUUCACAAAAUUGAAAGAGACCAACAGUGAGAUCCUUCGUGGCAACUGCCAUGCACAUAUUGUUCAUAACACUGUGAAAAAAGCCCUGGACAAGCUCUCAGUUGAUGUGGAAAAUAUUGUCCUGAAGAUAUACAGCUUCUUUUCCACCUCUGCCAAAAGGAGAGAGUCCCUGAAAGAGUUCUGUGAGUUUUGUGACGUUGAAUUCCAUGAUAUCCUGCGCCAUGUUGUGACAAGAUGGCUGUCACUCAACCCUGCAAUCACCUGCCUGCUGCAGAACUGGGACCCGCUGAAGUCGUAUCUCAUCAGCAUUGGUGAGGAAUGUCCAAGGCGCCUGAAGGAAUUGCUGAGUUUGACAGAAGACGCUGCUGGAGUUGAGGGAGAGGCAGAUGUUGUGGAAGUCUACCUGCUCUUCUGUAAUAAUGUCAUGUGUCUGUUUGAAGAAGUGGUGAAAAAACUGGAGAAGAAUGUAACCACGUCUGUUGACCUUUAUUCCAUCAUGGAGUGCUUCCUGAAAAGACUUAUUCAGAGAAGAGAUGAUGGGUUCUACGGGUACCUAACAAGACAAAAACUCCAGCGUCUCUCGCCAUCUGAUGCUGAUGGUGCCAGGCAGGAGUUUACAGCCUUCCUAGACACUGCCAUCAGUUAUGUCCGGCAGUGGUUUGACUUUUCAGAAGAAAACUGGCUUUUCCACCUGCAGCCCCUCUCUCUAGCAUCUGGGAAGAUUUCCUUUGAUGACAUGGAGAAGAUCAUUGAACAGCUUCACCUGGCUGGCAGGUUAAACAUCUCUAUGGAUGAGCUUUAUGAAGAGUGUGUCACUGCAACCAGCCUUCUGGAGCACCUCACCAAAGAACAUCAGGAGAAGGAAAAGUGGCAGUCGAAGGGAACAGCAGAGAAGUGGAUGGAAAUUUUUCAGGCAGCUGACCUCCCCAAUAUGCAGGCUGUUGUAUCCUUUGUACUCAGCAUCCCAUCUUCCACUGGGUUUGAGGAGAGGAUUUUCUCUCUUAUGAAGAAUAAGUGGACUGAUGUGCGGAACAAAUGUUCUACUGAGUUAAUUAGAAGUGAGCUCAUUGUCAGUCUAAAUUAUGAUAUGUCUUGCUCAGAGUUUUACUCUGCAGUACUGAAAGACAAACAACUCCUAACUGCAGCAAGAGCUCAAAAAAUACAAAUGGAAAAAGUAGUCUCUUUCCACAUAAUGUAGCAUUGAGCUUUUGAGUUCAUGAGUUUGUUGGGGGUUUUUUUACUUCAACUUUCAGCUACAGUCAAGGCCUUUGAGGCACAAAUGUUGUAUUUACAGGUGUUCCACAGACUUUGUUUGCACUUUUCUAAUUGCACUAAAUGUUUACUGUUACAAGAAUGUUUUUCUUUCUAUUGUUUUCUAUUAAUUUAUAUAAUUUUAGGUUAAGCAGGACAGAGUGCUUUGUGUUAAUUUUGUCAUUUUGCACAAAAAGUGAGGCAAACUGUUACGAAAUCAGUUUUUACCCCGGUUCUUUAUUCGUCGAGGGAUCCAGAAAUGGCACCGGAACUCAGUAGUCAUUUUUACAAAACCUUUAUUCAUCAUUAUUUCAUCUUCAUUUAAGCAUGCACUUCUAGAAGGGAAGACGAGGCCGGUGUCCCUCUGUAAAGAUCUUCACCCCUUUGUUAGUCACAGCCAGCUUUAUAGAAGCAGCCCUAUCAUAAAUCCCCCACAGGGUGCUCCAAACUCUGUCUCUGUGUGUAUGCACGAGCACGUGAGUACCUGUGUGUGCGCAUACCCGUAUAUCUAUGUGAGUGCACGUGAGUGAAUGUAUGUAAGUGUGGGUGCGCCGUAACAGUCAAAGCACUGUUUGUGUGUGUCUCUGUAUACGUGACUUCCUGGGGGUCAUAAAAGUAAGCUCACCCAAGUUAAACCAAAUUCCUCUACACAACAUAGAAAACAGAAUUAACAUAUUACAAACACUGAGACUCCCACUCUGCAUCCACUGGGCCAUUGUCUUACAUUUACAGAUAAGGUGGAGAGUCUCCUGCAAGCCUGCUUCUAAGUAAUGGCAAUUAUGAGUUUUUUUAAAGGUACAAGCAUCAGCAUCAGCAACCCCCAACUGUAGCUUCCUGACUCCUUUUAUGACAGCAGACCUCCAGUGUCAAUAAAUUCCUUUCUCUCUAAA